AUGUCCAAGGAGGAUGCCCAGGUCGGCGUGGUCCCGCCCACGUACGACUCCGAAAAGGGUGCUCACGGCACCGUCGGCAGCAACGGUGUGCCCGACGACUUCCGCGAAGAUGACUUCAGAACCCGAAAUGGCCUGAACCUCCGCAGUUUCCAGCGACGUGACUGGGGUACUGGUACUACCGAGCUGGAUCGCUCCAUGAAGCCCCGCCACUUGCAAAUGAUUGCCAUCGGCGGUUCCAUUGGUGCUGGCUUCUUCGUUGGUUCUGGUAGCGCCCUUACCAAGGGUGGCCCUGGCUCUGUUCUCAUCUGCUUCCUCAUUGCCGGUGUCAUGAUCUUUAACGUCGUUUACGCUCUCGGCGAGCUUGCUGUCCUCUAUCCUGUCUCUGGUGGUUUCUACACGUACUCUAUCCGCUUCCUCGACCCUUCCUGGGGCUUCGCCAUGGGCUGGAACUACGUCUUCCAAUGGGUCAUCGUCUUACCACUUGAACUCACCGUCGCCUCCUUCACAGUACAGUAUUGGAAUAAGGAUAUUAGUGUAGCUGUCUGGAUUACUGUCUUCUGGGUCUUCAUCAUCAUCGUCAACGUCUUUGGAACUUUGGGCUUCGCUGAGGAGGAAUUCUUCUCCUCGGCCUUCAAGCUCGUUGCUACCGUCGUCUUCAUGGUCGUCGGCCUUGUUCUCAUCUGUGGCGGUGGCCCUGAGGGCGGCAAGUACGACGAAUACUGGGGAAACCGUCUCUGGAGCGACCCUGGUGCGUUCCAGAACGGUUUCCGUGGCUUCUGCUCUGUCUUCGUCACCGCUGCCUUUUCCUUUUCCGGUACCGAGCUCGUUGGUCUGGCCGCUGCCGAAUCCAGCAACCCUGCAAAGGCUCUCCCCGGCGCAAUCAAGCAGGUCUUCUGGCGUAUAACCCUCUUCUACAUCCUGGGUCUUACUUUUGUCGGUCUCCUUGUCAGCUCUACCGAUGAGCGUCUCCUUAACUCCGAAAACCCUUACGCUGAUGGUGUUUCUCCCUUUGUCUUGGCCCCUCUUGACGCCCACCUUUACGGCUAUGACAGCUUUAUGAAUGUCGUCAUUCUUGUUUCUGUUGUCUCCAUUGGUGUUUCUUGCGUCUACGGCGGCUCCCGUACCCUGACUGCCCUCGCCCAGCAGGGCUACGCCCCCAAGAUCUUCACCUACAUCGACAGGUCAGGCCGCCCUCUUCCUUCCGUUGCUCUGAACCUUGCCUUCGGUGGCUUGGCCUACGUCCGUAUGGCAUCAUCUGGCGGUGUCGUCUUCGAUUGGCUUCUUUCCCUCUCUGGUCUUGCCGCUCUCUUCACUUGGGGCUCUAUUGUCGCAGCUCACAUUCGUUUCCGUGCCGCAUGGAAGGCUCAGGGCCACACUAUCGAUGAGCUCCCCUUCCAGGCCGUUGGAGGUGUCGCGGGCUCUUGGCUUGGACUCUUCCUGGUGUUCAUCUGCCUGAUAGCCCAGCUGUUCGUUGCCAUCUGUCCCCCCAGCGGCGGCUUCGCCUCUGCUGAGGACUUUUUCAAGGCCUACCUUGCUGGCCCUGUCGUCCUCGUCUUUUGGCUCUGCGGUUAUCUCUGGAAGCGCAAGGGUUUCCUGAAGCUCUCUCAGAUCGACCUCGACACCGGUCGCCGCGAGGUUGACUGGGACGAGAUCCAUGCGUAUCGCGCCAAGGUCGCCACCUGGCCCAAGUGGAGACAGUUCCUCAACACCGUCUUCUAA